AUGCCAUGGGCAAAAAUAGUGGCACUCGAAGAGCAGGUCAGUGUUGGCGUGACCGAGGCAGCCAACAACGUUGUUGUGACGAGGGAGGCUAAGAUCGAGGCUCCUAAGCCACCAGUGUUCAAAGGGGUUCGUGAUGCACAAGAGGCGGAGAACUUUCUUUGGCACUUGGAGAACUACUUCAGGCAUGGCAAAUUGAGGGACGAUGAGGCCAAGAUCAACACCGCUGUGUUGUACCUAUCAAAGACUGCCAUGCUAUGGUGGAGAAAAAAGGUCUCCGAUGCUAAGAGAGGUCUAUGCACAAUUAGCACGUGGGAUCAGUUCAAGAACGACUUCAAGCGACAGUUCUUACCAAGUAAUGUCUUGUAUGAGGCAAGGCACAAACUAAGAGAGUUGAAGCAAAUGGGGAGCAUACGAGACUAUGUCAAAGAGUUCACCACCCUUACGCUUCAAAUUCCCAACCUCACCAAUGAUGACUUAUUGUUCUACUUUAUAGACGGGUUGGAAAAUUGGGCUAAACAGGAGUUGUAA